UUCUACAUUAUUUAUAAGUGAUCAACUUAACUGUUACUUGCUUGUUAGGCUUGAUAGAGGACAUCACCAUGCGUUUCAUCAUAGCUUGCAGUGUGUUGUUGGUUGCUGUGAGGGGAUCUGAUGGCAUGUCACAACGCCAGAUUAUGCAAUGUGCUAUGACUGCUAUGGCACCAAAAGUGCAACAGCAUUGCCAACAAGAGCUGACGUCCAACCCAGUAUUCCUACAGCUUUUGCAAUCUGGAAAACCCACGUGCGAAGUCAUGAUUGAAGCAACAGAUAUGUCCUACAAUUGUAUUUCUGCCCAAAUCAAGUCUAAACCCAAGUGUAACGACCCGGCUAUCGAUCCAGUACUGAAAGAGGGAAGGGUCAUCGCCAUGGAUAUGAUCAAAUCCAUCUAUUGCGCUGGUACGGCGACAGAAAAUAGUGUAAAGAGGAGCAUGGACGACCUGGAAGCUGCACAUAUUGCAGAGAUUGCUGUCAAUACAGUGGCCACAAACAUCUAGGAUGUGAACACACUGUACUUCUUUUCUUUCUAAAUGACGUAUCAAUUACUUAAUAUGGAAAAAUAAAAUCAUACUUCAAAA